CGCUCCAUGAUUUUUGUUGUUUACAUUUCUUUGCGUAGCAAGAUAAGAUUUUUCCGACAAGUUCGUUUCGUAUGUAGUCCCGAUUUCUCUUCUCCUAAUUCUUCCCAAGAAAAUUAAAUUGCUUGUAUUCGUAUGCGUGAAUCAAAAUAGGGACUUACCUUGAGGUGUCUUCCUAAAUUCAGCGAGGACAUCAACGAAUUCUGAACAUCCCUACACUAAACCAUUCGUCAUGACAGCUCCUUUGGAAAAUCUUGAAACACAACUCGAGAUGUUCAUCGAGAAUGUGCGUCAAAUUAGAAUUAUUGUUGCAGAUUUUCAGCCGCAAGGACAAAAUGUUCUCAACCAAAAAAUUCAAACCAUGGUUUUUGGUCUUCAAGAAAUAGAUAAACUUAAAUCACAAGUUCAAGAUGUUCAUGUCCCGCUCGAAGUAUUUGACUAUAUUGACCAAGGUCGCAAUCCUCAGCUGUAUACCAAAGACUGCAUUGAAAAAGCACUUACCAAAAAUGAGCAAGUCAAAGGUAAAAUUGACGCCUACAGAAAGUUCAAAGCUCACCUGUUGGUCGAGUUGAGUAGCGUAUUCCCGAAUGAACUGGCAAAGUAUCGGGCUAUCAGAGGCGAUGAGCGACCCUCCUCUUAGUGUUUAAAUCCAGCAGCUCCUGAUUUCUCCAUGAUCAUGGACCCAAACCUAGGCAUAUUCAAUCUCCAAGGACCUACAGAAUAAAAUGGAGAACAGUCUAUUUUCAUAUCACUAGUUCUUACCAGAUCACCCUCUCUUUGGGUUCCAAGAGUUGGACAAAAUCACCAUCAGGAACUGCUGAACAAUAAUUUAAGAUAAUUGUGUUGGUUACUGAUGUUUUAAUUAUUAUUUUUUACUUUUAUUCUCAUUUUAUCUUCUUUAAUCUAAAUAUUUGUAAUAAUUUAAUUUCCGUUGUACCCUCUUGCAAUUGGAUGGCAUUUAAUCAAAUGAACCAUUAUUUACCACCAUAUUUCUCCUAUAGGCUUUAUUUUUCAACAUAAAAAGUAUCUUUCCGCAAUAAAUUCACAAUUUUGAGUGAGUAAUUUUCACCCAGUGAGGACUUAAAAUGUAGAAAUAUAAGUGAAAUCGCGACUUUUUAUCAUGAGUAAAAUAACUGAUGUCACUGUGAUGACUGAUGUGUGACAUCUUAGUGAUGUCACACUAUUUUAAGAAACACAAAGUAGAUUUCAUAAUGACACCAUAAGUUACUUACGAAGAUUGAUACUAUUUUAUUGCUCAGUUUAAAGAAAAAAAAAUUAUCUCGCAAUCUGACUUAAGGAAACUGCAUGAUUCUCCAAACUUAUAAGCUUAAAUUAUAUGAGCCAUAAACCAUAAUUAAUUCUGUAAUCAUGAUUCAUUCUUUUCUCCGUCUUUUAAGCUAAAAAUACUCAUAGGUAUCUCAUGUUGUUUGCGCACCGGAUAUAGAUUUAUUUAAACAAUCAUCAAAACAUUCAUAUACUGUUAUUGUUAUUAAAAUGGUAAGCGGAAUGUAAAA